CGAAGCCACGUCAGCUGACUCGACGCCAAAAACCCACUGAAGUCACGUGACACGCGUGAACACGUGACAGUUUGGUUUCGCUCACCAUGGCUGCUGCAGCGACACCCGUGUUCUGGCUCGGGAACGACACCCUGAGGGUGUCCGCGGCGCUCUUCGCGGAGAACCGUCGCAGGUUGUGUCAGGAGCUGAGAGCCAAAGAGGGUUUGGUGUCAAAGUCUGUGGUGGUUCUGCAGGGAGGAGAACAGACCCAGAGGUACUGCACAGACACAGACGUCCUCUUCAGACAGGAGUCUUUCUUCCACUGGGCUUUUGGAGUCACCGAGCCCGACUGUUACGGAGCCAUCGACGUGGAUUCUGGGAAGUGCAUUCUUUUUGUUCCUAAACUGCCUGAAAGCUACGCUACGUGGAUGGGCGAGAUCUUUCCGAAAGAACACUUCAAGGGGAAAUAUGCUGUUGAUGAGGUGCAGCACACCUGUGAUAUCGUGGAUGUUCUGUCCGGCCUAAACCCGGCCGUUCUCCUGACUCUGCGAGGACAGAACACCGACAGCGGGAGCAUCAGCCGCGAAGCCUCCUUCGAAGGAAUCAGUCGCUUCCAAGUGAACAACACAGUUUUACACCCAGUUAUUGUGGAUUGUCGGGUCACUAAGACGGACAUGGAGCUUGAGGUUCUGCGUUACACCAACCGAGUUUCCAGUGAAGCCCACAAGAUGAUCAUGAAGCAUGUGAAACCAGGACAGAAAGAAUAUGAGAUGGAGAGCCUGUUCCAACACUACUGCUACACUAAAGGAGGGAUGCGCCACACCUCUUACACCUGCAUCUGUGGAACAGGCAACAAUUCCUCCGUCCUCCACUACGGUCACGCCGGGGCCCCAAACGACAAAAGCAUUCAGGACGGAGACAUGUGUCUGUUUGAUAUGGGUGGAGAGUACUACUGCUACUCGUCAGACAUCACCUGCUCCUUCCCAGCCAACGGGAAGUUCACUCCAGACCAGAAGGCUGUCUACGAGGCGGUUCUGAAGUCCUCCCGCACCGUUUUGGCCGCCAUCAGACCAGGUGUGAAGUGGUCCGACAUGCACCGCCUGGCUGAUAAGGUCCACCUGGAAGAACUAGUGACGAUCGGGAUCCUGCACGGGAACGUGGAUGACAUGUUGAAGGUCCACCUAGGUUCUGUCUUCAUGCCCCACGGCCUGGGACACCUGCUGGGCAUCGACGUGCACGAUGUGGGAGGCUACCCUGAGGGCGUGGAGCGCGUCAACGAGCCCGGACUGAGGAGCCUCCGGAUGGGCCGCCUGGUGCAGGAGAGGAUGGUCCUCACUGUGGAGCCUGGGAUUUACUUCAUCAACCACCUGCUGGACCAGGCCCUGGCUGACCCCGCCCAGAACUGCUUCAUCAACAACCAAGUUCUGGCUCGAUUCCGAGGCUUCGGAGGGGUUCGUAUCGAAGACGACAUUGCUGUGACGGCUGACGGCGUGGAGCUGCUGACCUGCGUGCCUCGCACCGUGGAGGAGAUAGAGGCCUUCAUGGCCGACUCCGACAAACCCUUCAGCCCAGUCUGAAUGAGAAAGUCUGUGGUUUAACUGGAGAGUCUUUAUAAAGUUAAUCAGUUUUCAAAAUCAUGAUUAUUCUCACAACGACUAUCUUAUUGUUCCUUCUGUGGCUUUAAUUAUUUAAUAAUAUGAUUAUAACUCUUAACGAAACUCUGAACAGUAAUUUUUUACAACAUUUUGUUAACUUGUAAAGAAAAAUCUGUAUUUUUACAGUAAUGAUUUUCCAAGCAUGUAUUCAUAAAAUAAAACAAAGAUUUAAAGUUGCAACCUCA